CGUGGAGUUUGACCUACUUUUCCAAAGAAACGUGAUGGAGGCAAUGGAGAAUGGCUGCAAGCAGCUUGGUUACACUAUUCUGAGCUUUGGAGAAGCAGAAGAGGUUGUGGCAUUUUCCGAAGUGGGAUCCGAGGAUGCUGUUCUGGCAGCUCUGCAGUUUGUAGCAAAGCGCUGCAAGGAGCCCAUAGAUAGCAUCAUUACGCAGGAAGAAGCCCCGCUGACCCCGUGUCUGGUGCAGGAUGAAGGAUUUGCACUGCACAUCGACAAGCAACUAGUGUUUCAAGUCUCCUCGCUGCUUUCGGGAGUAGCCUGCCUCUUUGCAUCCUUUUGGGUGUUUCAUGUGGAAUACCCACGAAAGGCGCACAAAAUGUUAACAUUCAUAGAACAUGCAUUUCUGAACUUAACGCACACAAAGCCGCGCGUCAAAGCUCUUUAA